GGAGCUACUACUUCCACAAUUGAUCACAGAGGUCUUCCUCAAGGAUAUAUUCCUAUUUUUUGGGUUACUGUGGACUAAUACAAGACGGGCAUUUGUCAAUUUGGAAAGAACAUGAGAAAGUCUGAGGUGAUGGGACCAGUGCUGUGGGUGGGGUUAUGUGCUUUUGCCUUCAACACCAGCACAGUACAGGCAGAACACACAGCCACUGGAACAGCGCUUAAACACAAACCUGCACUGCACAGACAUAAAAGAGACUGGCUGUGGAAAUCAUUCUUCUUGGAAGAGGAGAAAUCAAACCCACCUCAUCAUGUAGGAAAGCUAACAUCAACAAAGGCCAAUGAUGAGACAAGGUUUGUCAUUGAAGGAGAAGGCGCCAAUACAAUUUUUCAUGUCUCUAGCCAAGGAGACAUUUAUGCCACAAAGAAGCUGGAUCGGGAGGUGAAAAGCACAUACCACCUUACAGCUCAUCUUCUUCAUAUUGCCACCAACAAGUCAGUGGAGCCUGCAGACCAAUUUAAUAUCCAAAUAACCGACCUUAAUGACAACAAACCACAGUUCACGCAGAGCUAUAAUGGCUCUGUCCCUGAGAGAUCUGAGCCAGGAACAAAUGUGCUGACAGUGACUGCUACAGAUGCAGAUGACCCUACUACUGCCAAUGGACAACUUGAAUAUAAGUUACUGAAUGGAACUGAUGACUUUGAAAUUGACAGAAAUGGGAGAAUUACAGCAAAAAUUGGCUUUCUGGACCGGGAGAAGAAGAGUAUGUAUUUGCUCGUGGUUCAUGCUAAUGAUAUGCCUGGUAUGCAAACUGGAGGCAGUGCCACCACCACGGUCACCGUUACUGUGAGUGACAUCAAUGACAAUAUGGCCACCUUUAAGAAAAAUAUUUUCAGCUUUGAUGUGGAAGAGGACAAAAAGGAACAUUCUGUGAUUGGUACAAUGGAAGUUGAGGACAAAGAUGAGGAGCAGAAUAAAGAUCCAAUUUUCACCAUAGUUCCUCAUUCCAGCUCAGGUCCUGAUUUAAACAAUGUAUUUAAUAUAGCAAGCAACCUGGAGAAAAAUGGAGUCCUCACUCUGAAACAGCCUCUUGAUUUUGAAAGCAGGAAGAGUUACACCUUUGAUGUUCGUGUGCAUGAGGAUACUCUCAGAAGUCCCCCUGACAGUCAGGGCACUAACAUGAUCACUGAAGCUAAGGUCAUCAUCAACGUGCUGGACGUUGAUGAGCCACCCAUAUUCAGCAAGGAAACCUACAGCUUUACUCUUCCUGAAGACGCCAAAGUCAACUCAAAGGUUGGAGGAGUCUUGGCCAGAGACCCUGAUGCAGCCUCUCAAAGCAUACGGUACUCUAUAGAUGACCAGAAAUGUCCAGUCAGAAUUCACCCAAAGACUGGUGACAUGUAUUUGGAUAAGAAACUUGAUCGGGAACUCACUCCCAUACACACUUUCCGUGUAACGGCAGAGGAGCCUUCACCCAAAGCACUGAAGUCCUAUGUGACUGUUAACCUUGUGGUUCUGGAUGUCAAUGACAAUGCCCCAGAGAUGACAAACAGCCAAGACCUUUUUGCAUGUGAGAAUGAUGGGGAGGGCACGGUAAUACGGACAAUAGGGGCAACCGACAAAGAUGAGCACCAGACAAGAUUCAGUUUCUCUCUAGCAAAGCAAAGCCCUGACUUUUCACUUAUUGAUAAUGGCAAUAACACUGCCAACAUCAUAGUGAAGCGGGGAGGCUUCAGCCUGGAAGACAGAAAGGAAUACCUGCUGGAGAUUGUGCUGCAGGAUGGCGGUCUUCCUCCACUCCGUAGCACCACCACUGUCAACAUCCGUGUGUGUAGCUGUGGCACAGACAGGAAGGACUACUACUGCAAGCCUGCCUAUGUCCAGGCAGGCAUCAGUGUCAGCGCCCUCAUCGCCAUACUCCUCUGCAUCUUCGCCAUUCUGGUCAUCGUGAUACUCAUCAUCAUGAGAAAAAGGUACCAAAAAGAUGCCUUCGUUGCCCUGGGCAGGAACUCUGGAGAGAUCCAUGAACAGCUGGUGAGCUAUGAUGAGGAAGGCGGUGGUGAGAUGGACACAAAUGGUUAUGACGUGUCCAUCCUGACCUCAGCUAGGAAUGAGGGAAGCCUGAGACAGGUCCCCUGUCUAUACAAUAAGGUGCAGAGGCCCCCAGCAGACAGGGGAAACAUGGCCAUGAUGAUCGAGGUGAAGAAGGAUGAGGCUGACCAUGACAGGGAUAGCAUCCCUUACGACACCCUGCACAUCUACGGGUACGAGGGACCCGAAUCACUUGCCAGCAGCCUCAGCUCCUUGGAGGAUUCCUCCUUCUCAGACAAUGAUUUGGACUAUGACUUCCUCAAUGAUUGGGGCCCUCACUUCAGGACCCUGGCAGGGCUGUAUGGAGUGGAUAGCUCUGACAAUGACUGUUGUUGAGAAAAUGCAAAUGCAGCAAGCAAGACAUCUUUUACAUUAGUCAUCAGUUUUAUUCUGGGCUUUUAUCCUGAAAAGAGAAUCACUAUCAUUAACAUUUCUGCUCAUGGAACUGCUCACAACAACAUUUCUUGAGCAGUGUUCCAAGUUCAACUGACAUUUUGAUAAUUUGCAACAGUUACAUUAUGUAGCAAUGUUGUACAUUUCCUCCCAUAGUUUGUACAAAUAUUUUGAUCAUGACAGUUUUUAGUGAUUAAAAAAAAAAAAAAAAAUCUCAACUGAGUAUUCACUGUAUAG